UCACUCUUCUACUUCUCCCAAGUCUUCACCAAACAAAAGCUACCACAUUUUAUUCAAAUUAUUCUCCAAUUAGCCAUGAAAGGAAUGGAUAUUUUCUGUGCAUCUUCAGCUUCCACAGCCAUUUGCUCUAGCCUGGAUGCCUUGGUCCGCCGAGGCCCCAGACCCCUUGAUCAUGGUCCUUAUCAUCGUCUUCGUGAUCACGAUCAACGGAAAAACCAACCUCAUCAUCAAACUCACCAUGCCCCCUGCUCAUCUCAGUUACCUAUUGAUCCCAAACCAUUUUACGAAAUAUGUAGAAAGAGUUUUUCUAGUGCACAAAGGCAGCUACGUACAAAAAGCUCUGCUGAGAUACAUGACUUAACAAGGACUAAGAGUACCAAUGGCUCUUCUUCUUCUUCUCGGUUCCUCUCAAGUGACUCGCCCUUCAUUGACAGGAUAACGGAGCCCGAUUGUAAGAAUGUCUCUGCAGCUGCAUUUGUUCCUCCUCAAGUACCCUCUAAGCCUAAAGACUCGAUGAGCUCAAAUGUUCCUCCUCAAGUACCUUCUAAGCCUAGAGUCUCGACGAGCUCAAAUGUUCCUCCUCAAGUACCCUCUAAGCCUAGAAGGUCGAUGAGCUCAAAUGGUCAUUGUAGUACCGUUUUGAAGUCUUCUUCUACUAGUUCUCGUCACCAGGUUGUUGUUUUGAGGGUGUCACUGCAUUGCAAGGGUUGUGAAGGAAAAGUGAGAAAACACCUCUCUAAAAUGGAAGGAGUGACUUCAUUUAGCAUAGAUUUCCAAACAAAGAGAGUCACAGUGGUGGGGGAUGUCACCCCAUUAGGUGUGCUCUCAAGUGUAUCCAAGGUGAGGAAAUCCCAGCUCUGGCCUUCUCCAACAUCACCAUCACCAUCCUCUCGGUUGCCAGCGUGAACUACUCCUGAACCCUAAAUUAAUUAAAUCAGUUCUCUUUUUAUGUUAUAUAUUCUCUACCAAAUUACAAGUUUCCAGGCUUGCGUGUUUGUGUAAUUUGUAUGAUUAUUAUUUUUAACUAAAUAAUUGAUCGUUAAUCAAUAAUCAAGUUUAAUAUCUCAUAUGUAAAUGCAAAACGCUAUUAUCUUUUUAAGGGAUAUGAAUCAAAGUCUCUUUCUUA